AUGUCAGCGGCAUUAUCGUUGAUCGUUUACGGACAAGUGUUUCUACUCGGGCCCGCGGCAAAUGUUCGACCGAUCGUUAUUGGAUCUCAUGAUUCAACAGCAAUACCAGCCAUCGACCGUACCUUGGAUAAGACAAAGCCGUUCGAGGAAAAUACAAAUUCACAACUGAUUCCAGCAAUAAAUCGCAGACUUGGAGAGAUAGAAUUAUCAGAAAAGAUAGUCAAACGUGGUGACUACACAAAAAUCUGCGAAAGCGAAGGCGCACAUCUCGCUAUUGUGAACUCAGCCAAGGAAGCGCAAGUGAUCGGUGAUCUUUUCGCGAAAUCCGGUCAUCACUUAAAUUCGCAAGACUCGAACUACGCCCACAUCGGAUUUCACGACCUCUACGAAGAAGGAGAAUUCGUUACCAUCGACGGCAAAUCUCUGGCAACCGUGGGUUACUAUGAGUGGCAGAGCGGAAAUCCCAACAACGACGGAAACAAUGAGAAUUGCGGAUCAGUGUACAGAAAUGGCCAGCUCAAUGACAUUACUUGUGCGAAAUCUGUUGCCUUUGUUUGCGAAUUACCGGAUCCCGCUCAUUUAGAGGUCGGGAUGCGAAAUUCAACUCCAGCCGAAGUCUCAGUCGGAGUGAGGACAUAA